GAAAAGACUAUCACUGGAAACCCAGUAGAGAAAAUGGGUUCCCAGAAAAUUCAACUGGCUCUUGUCCUCUUCAUCUGGGCUUCACUGGCAUGUCUCUCUUCAAGCCUCCCCACUGAAUUCUCCAUAACUGGAGAGGAGUUUGCAUCGGAAGAGAGAGUAAGAGAGCUGUUCCAUCUAUGGAAGGAGAGGCACAAGAGAGUGUACAAGCAUGCGGAGGAGACAGCCAAGAGGUUCGAGAUUUUCAAGGAAAAUUUGAAGUAUGUGAUAGAGAGGAACUCAAAGGGGCAUAGGCAUACUCUUGGAAUGAACAAGUUUGCAGACAUGAGUAAUGAGGAGUUCAAGGAGAAGUAUUUAUCCAAGAUUAAGAAGCCAAUCAAUAAGAAAAACAACUCUCUCCGGAGAAGCAUGCAGCAGAAGAAGGGCACGGCGUCCUGUGAGGCGCCUUCCUCCCUGGAUUGGAGGAAGAAGGGUGUUGUCACCGGUAUCAAAGACCAAGGCGAUUGUGGAAGUUGCUGGGCGUUCUCUUCCACUGGAGCCAUGGAAGGAAUAAAUGCCAUAGUCACUGGAGACCUCAUUAGUCUGUCGGAGCAAGAACUUGUAGACUGUGAUUCAACCAACUAUGGAUGCGAAGGAGGUUACAUGGACUAUGCUUUUGAGUGGGUUAUAAGCAAUGGUGGGAUCGAUUCAGAAUCCGAUUAUCCCUACACAGGCACUGAUGGUACCUGUAACACAACCAAGGAGGAUACCAAAGUUGUUAGUAUUGAUGGCUACAAAGAUGUCGAUGAAUCGGACAGUGCUCUCUUAUGUGCGACUGUCAACCAACCUAUUAGCGUGGGCAUGGAUGGCUCUGCUCUUGACUUUCAGCUCUACACAUCUGGAAUAUAUGCUGGGGAUUGCUCGGAUGAUCCAGAUGACAUUGACCAUGCAGUUCUGAUAGUUGGCUAUGGCUCUGAAGACAGUGAAGACUACUGGAUUUGUAAGAAUUCAUGGGGAACAAGCUGGGGAAUGGAGGGGUACUUCUACAUAAAGAGGAACACUGAUUUACCAUAUGGAGAAUGCGCCAUCAAUGCCAUGGCUUCCUAUCCGACCAAAGAGUCUUCUUCACCAUCUCCUUAUCCAUCCCCAGCUGUUCCACCACCGCCGCCGCCCCCACCAUCCCCGCCACCGCCUCCCCCUCCCUCCCCACCACCUCCCUCUCCUGGCCCUUCCCCUAGUGAGUGCGGUGACUUUACCUAUUGCCCGAGCGAUGAGACUUGCUGUUGCAUAUAUGAGUUCUAUGAUUUUUGCCUGAUCUACGGCUGCUGUGAAUACGAGAACGCCGUUUGCUGCACUGGAACAGAGUACUGCUGCCCCAGUGACUACCCCGUUUGCGAUGUGGAAGAAGGCCUAUGUCUCAAGAACCAGGGAGACUACCUAGGAGUAGCAGCAAAGAAGAGAAAGAUGGCGAAGCACAAGUUCCCCUGGACUAAAAUAGAAGAAACACAGAAGACAUACCAACCUCUGGAGUGGAAGAGGAACAGGUUUGCUGCGAUGCGUUGAGAAGGGGAAAGAUGAAUGAGAAUUAUGAGUUUGAAUUUUAAAGAUUGUCAGUCAUUUGUCCUAUUUCUUCCUCCCCAGGGGGAGCGACCAUUACAUUGUCCUGUUUUGAAUGUAUGGUCUGAUGCACAUUGGACAUACGUAGUAAGCAUAAUCAACAGCAGAAGAUGGGAAAAUUUGAUUUCUUUUCUACGGAUAAUGUAUUGGAACACUAUCUUAAUCGUUUUCGAUCGUAUUUCCCUGUUUGGUUGUU